CGCAAGAUGCCCAUGGGAGCCGGAAGCGGCAGCAGGCAUGGCGGUGGCCAUGCCGCUCGCUGCGCUCUUGCUGUUUCUCGUGGCUCCCUGGUGCUGGGGCCGUGCCGAGCGCCCGCGGGACAGCCUGCGAGAGGAACUGGUUAUCACUCCGCUGCCUUCCGGCGACGUGGCCGCCACGUUCCAGUUCCGCACGCGCUGGGAUUCGGAGUUGCAGCGGGAAGGUGAGGUGUCUCAUUACAGGCUCUUCCCCAAAGCCCUGGGGCAGUUGAUCUCCAAGUACUCUCUGCAGGAGCUGCACCUGUCAUUCACUCAAGGCUUUUGGAGGACCCGGUACUGGGGGCCACCUUUCCUGCAGGCUCCAUCAGGUGCAGAGCUCUGGGUCUGGUUCCAAGACACCGUCACUGAUGUUGAUAAAUCUUGGAAGGAGCUCAGCAAUGUCCUGUCAGGGAUCUUCUGCGCCUCUCUCAACUUCAUCGACUCCACCAACACCGUCACUCCUACGGCCUCCUUCAAACCUCUGGGACUGGCCAAUGACACUGAUCACUACUUCCUGCGCUAUGCUGUGCUGCCUCGGGAGGUGGUGUGCACCGAGAACCUCACACCAUGGAAGAAGCUCCUGCCCUGUAGUUCCAAAGCAGGUCUCUCCGUGCUACUGAAAGCAGAUCGCUUGUUCCACACCACCUACCACUCCCAAGCAGUGCACAUCCGUCCGAUCUGCAGGAAUGUACACUGUACCAGCAUCUCCUGGGAGCUGAGGCAGACCCUUUCAGUUGUCUUUGACUCCUUCAUCACAGGACAAGGGAAGAAAGACUGGUCCCUCUUCCGGAUGUUCUCCCGAACUCUCACAGAGGCCUGCCCACUAGCAUCGGAAAGCCGUGUUUAUGUGGACAUCACAAGCAACAGCCAGGACAAUGAAACACUAGAGGUGAACCCUCCCCCCACCACCACAUACCAAGAUGUCAUCUUGGGGACCCAGAAGACCUAUGCUGUCUAUGACUUGUUUGACACAGCCAUGGUCAAUAACUCUCACAACCUCAACCUCCAGCUGAAGUGGAAGAGACCCCCAGAUAAUGAGGUCCUGCCAACGCCCUUCCUGCAUGCCCAGCGGUAUGUGAGUGGCUACGGGCUGCAGAAGGGGGAGCUGAGUACGCUGCUGUACAAUACCCACCCUUACCGGGCCUUCCCUGUGCUGCUACUGGACACCGUGCCCUGGUACCUGCGGCUGUAUGUGCACACCCUCACCAUCACCUCCAAGGGCAAGGAGAAUAAACCAAGUUACAUCCACUACCAGCCUGCCCAGGACCGACAGCAGCCCCACCUCCUAGAGAUGCUGAUUCAGCUGCCUGCCAACUCAGUCACCAAGGUCUCCAUCCAGUUUGAACGUGCGCUGCUCAAGUGGACCGAGUACACCCCAGACCCCAACCAUGGCUUCUAUGUCAGCCCAUCUGUCCUCAGUGCCCUUGUGCCCAGUGUGGUGGCAGCCAAACCAGUGGACUGGGAAGGGAACCCUCUCUUCAACACCUUGUUUCCAGUGUCUGAUGGCUCCAGCUACUUCGUGCGACUCUACACAGAGCCAUUGCUAGUGAACCUGCCUACACCAGACUUCAGCAUGCCCUAUAACGUGAUCUGCCUUACGUGCACUGUGGUGGCUGUGUGCUAUGGCUCCUUCUACAAUCUCCUCACCAGAACCUUCCACAUCGAGGAGCCCAGCACUGGCGGCCUGGCCAAGCGGCUCGCUAACCUCAUCCGGCGUGCCCGUGGUGUCCCCCCACUUUGAGACACCCCCUCUUCAGCAGCUGUACUUUCUCCCUGGGAAAGGGAGCAGGGGCAAAGCUCUUUCUGCAACUUGUUCUGUCUCCAGAGUGGCUUUUGAAGCAGACUUCCUUCGGCCUAGUCAGGCCCAGAGGUGCGCUGUCCAGUACGGUAGCCAUGAGCCAAGUUUAAGUUAACUUAGAAUUUCACUUUUUAAGCUGGAGCCUCACUUCAGGUACUCAGUAACCAAAAGGGUUAGAGCUACAGUACUGGACAGCCCAGAGUGACAUUUCUCAUCAUUGCUGGAAGUGCUUGGACAGCACUGGCCCAGGUAGCAGGGUGCUGAAGAGCUUGUGUUACUGUGUGGUGAGUGGAACUUACUGGCUGUGGAAUAAAAACCACCUUCCUGGGU